UUUCAUUUCCGCCUAAACAUUGCCCUUGAUUUCCUCUAGGAGGUGAAAUGAAAAGUUGAGUGUCAAAAGGCUUCUGACUUUAGAAGAGCCUGUUAUUUCUCACAAUGGGUCUUCUGCCAGACGAGGCGAAAGUUUUGCCUCCUCCGGGGAUCGUCAACAGAAAUUCAGUGUGGUUCGGUCUGUGCGGCUGGGCGACCGCGAUGCUGCACAACAGUUUAAACCGCAGGCCUGCGCUCAAAGCCGGUGUUCACCGCCAAGCGCUGUUCAUAACCGUUGGAUGGUUCAUCGGCUAUCAUCUCACAAAGUUUGAGAAUUAUAAAUAUGCCACAUUGGACAGGGACAUGAAUGAGUACAUCCGGCUGCAUCCUGAGCAAUUUCCAGAGAAAGCACCGAAGACAUUUGCUGAAAUCGUGGAGCCUUUUCAUCCAAUUCGUUGAGAGGAUGAGGAAUGUGAAGACUAUUGUUGCAAAUCUGGUUGAACAGACUUUACUGAUUUAUUGAUUUAUUAAGUUGUGUCCUCAAUGUCAUUAAACUGUCUGAAAAAAAAGAUGUUUUUUUUUUUUCAUUGCAUAAUUAGUUGUUACGUUACCAGAUUGUUUUAAUUACUUAUAAUAAUCAGCGGUUCUUAAUCCUGGUCUUCGUGACCCCCCACUCUGCACAUUUUGAAUGUUUCUCUUACUGCUUCAGGGGUUUGUUCGAUUCGACCAUAAGUGCCCUGCGAAGUGGACACCACAGAAUAUUCUCCAGUUUGAAAGAAGCAUAUAUGUUCUGUUCAAAGGGUAUUAAAGUGCACAAAUCUGUGUUUUUAAGUGAAGUAAACUUCAGCCGAUUUCCAGUGUGCAGGGAGUAGAGAACAGUGAACACUUUGUAGGGAUCAUGUCAGUCGGAACACAGUUCAUUCAUGGAACUUGUAACAAGCUGGUUAUCUAAUCAGGUGUGUUAAACAAAAGAGACGUGCAAAAUAUGCAGAGCGGGGACUAGGAUUAAGAACAGCUGAUAAUUAUAUUAAUUUUUUAUUGCCCAUCCUCAAAAAAAAAAAAAUGCAAGAAAAACUUCAAAAUGUCUCAUUUGUAUUCCAUGGAAGAGAUAUAUAUAUAUAUAUAUAUAUAUAUGUAAAUUCUUGUACAUAUGUGUAUGUAGGAUACCGAUUAUGCAUUUUAAUGUUCUUUAAAGUGUGUUUGGCAUAUUGACAUAUAAAGACAUGCAUAAACAAGGUCAUUAGUAUCUUUGAAAUGACCAUACAAAUCAUUGUGAUAGCAUGACAUUUGAGGCUGUGCUUUCAUGUCAUAAAUGAUUUCAGAUAGACUUUGGCUUGGAUAUUGUACCAAUACCCUUCUCGUGCAAUAAUGUGCAAUACCAGGACUUUUGUAACAGAUUCAGCUGCUCUUUAGUUUACUUAGGAAGAUUUCAUCUUCUUGUUGGACAUAAAUUUGUAUUUCAAAACUGAAUUAUUUUAGUGAAAGGAGCAAUAUAAGUAAUAUUAUUAAAGGACAUGCAACUAUAACUAUAUAAUUA